AUGGGUGAUACUAGUGAUAAUCAUAUUACUGUCACUAGUAUACCACAUAACUAUAAUGCUCAUGAAGAGAGUCAUUAUUCUGAUAAACCACUCACAUUUAGUGGUGAUUCUACUCACUUUAAAUAUGGAAGAUCAAAAUAUACACAUACACCAUUGGUCUUAAUUAUGAGUUACGGAACAUCCUUGAAGAUGACAUUGAAAUUGAAUGUGCCUCAAUAUCUCUCUGGCGAAACCCUAAAUCGAGUUCUCAUUCCUCUUCCCUCUACAUCAAAAAUGAAGGUUAUCGCUGCUUACUUGUUGGCCGUUCUGGGAGGCAACGCAGCCCCUUCAGCUGCUGAUAUUAAGAAGAUUCUCGCAUCAGUUGGAAUUGAGGCUGAGGACUCAAACAUUGAGUUGCUCAUAACCGAAGUCAAGGGCAAGGAUUUUGCUGAGCUCAUUGCCAGUGGAAGAGAAAAGUUGGCUUCAGUUCCAUCUGGUGGUGGUGGUGGUGCUGUUGCUCUUUCUGCUGCAUCUGGAGGAGGUGCUGCAGCUGCAGCUCCAGCUGCUGAAGCUAAGGAGGAGAAGAAGGUGGAAGAAAAGGAAGAAUCUGAUGAUGACAUGGGAUUCAGCUUAUUUGACUAA